AUGCCCAGCCGACAAAAUGACCCCAGCAAGCCUCAACGGCCUAUAAAGCGCCGUGUUAACAAACGUCCCGUUGCAACCACGAAUGUGUAUCACAUGCUCACCGCAAAGAAAACAACUAUCCCACUCGAGCUCGGGAGCAAAAAUGUUUCCAAAUUCUCUCUUGAGAUCAUUGAUGUCGGCGAAGUAGAUGUAUGUGAUCCUGAAGACCCGAACCGAAAUAAUCAUUGCAUUUUCAGACUCACCUUCGCAGAAGCAACGCCAGAAGCUACCCCCCACGCCCCUAUCAAAACUAGAGGUCUAGUGCUGGACGUGGUGCCCGAUGAACAGAAAGAGACAACGACUACCUGUGAGUUCCACAUGAAGACCUUCCAGUACGAAGGCCCGCAUCGCGAUGCACUAGAAGUUAUAGAUUUGCCUAUUCGAGGCAAAAAGACAGCCAGGGACUUUGUCCGCGUGCUUCGGAACUCGGGUAUGAUUCCUUGUGAGUUCAUCUGGUCAGAGCUGUUUUUGGAUGGCUACAGGGACUUUGCAUCCCAGUUCAUUUACCAUCUCAACGACAAAAAGGUCCUGGAGCUUCCGGAGGAUGCUGCCACUACGAUUUUCGGUCAGUUUAAUCUGAGAUUGAACGAUGGUGUCGAGGACACACCGGCGCCUGUGACUUAUGCUGUGUUUACAAAGGACUAUGAGCAUGUGUCCAUCGAGGGAAUCGAGUACAAAGGAACACGCCGAGUUCAGGGCGAGGACGAUGAGGAGGACUAUACCGACAACGAAUACGACGAGGAGUGA